AUGGUGUCCCGCAGACAGAAGCGGGUGUGGAGGUACAUUGAGGAGGGCAGUCUGCUGAAGCUCAGGUCGUACCUGAAGAAGCACCAGGACCUUGACCUGGACUUCUCCCAGGGCCGGAGACAGAGAGGCCCGCUACACCUGGCCUGCAGCCUGGGGGACGACGCGGUGCUUCGGCUGCUGCUCAAACACGGGGCCGGGGUUCUGCUGAAGGACCAUAAGGGGGACACGGCUCUCCACACGGCCGUAAACAGAGCUCUGAAGCAGGGGAAGACUGCGUACGAUGACCUGGUGGUUCCACUGAAGAAGAACUGUCCUGAAGCCAUGUUUGUUCCUAACAGAGCAGGAGUCACUCCAGAUGAUCUACUGGACUGGACCAAGCUCUCACAGCAGCCAAACACCAGCAGCAGCAGCAGCAGCAGAAGCAGCAGAGCUCAGAGGAGCACGGAGGACGAGUGGGUGGAGAAACUGUUUGAUGAAUGCGAAGACGAGUUCUUUGAAACUUUUGGUGUUUAUGACGCUGAUGACUUCCUCCCCGUUGAUGAAGACGAUGAAGACUUCGGGGACUGGGCCGACCGCAUCAGAAAAGAGUAUUUUGAUAAAAAACACGCAGAAGCUCAGAGACUCGCAGCUUCAGGAUCAGGAUCAAAGCGGAGGAAGAAGAGCACAGAGCAGCUGCAGCAGGAGGAGCAGAGCCACAGGGAGAACCUCCAGAGGCUGCAGAAGGAGCACCAGGAGUACCUCUCCCGCGCCGCCAGGAAGGAGGAGGAGGCGCGACAGGGGAAGAAGAGGAGGUACGAGGAGCGCUGUGAGGAGACCUUCAGGCCCUCUAGCUCCGAGGCCAAGCUGAGCUAUAGAGACAUCCCCUGGCCUGCCAGAGGGACCGUCCAGGACAUGGUGGACGUGAUGCUGCACGGAGUGGACCAGAAGGACACAGAACAGUUCAAGAAAGUUCUGCGGAAACAGCAGACUCUGUGGCAUCCGGACAAGUUCUCACAGAGAUGCUCCUCGAGACUGGAGGACAAGGACAGACGGAGGAUCCUGGACACAGUCACUGCUCUGUCCCAGGAGCUCAACAAGAGAGCUCAGAGUCUCAGACAGUGA